ACGAAGAAGAAAAAGUAGGAGGAGCAGCUGCAGCAGCAGAUAUGACCAUGGCGGCAAAAGAAAGCGUAAACAACGAUUUAAUUAACGUUGAACGUGUAGUCAACCGAUGGAUAGUAAACUAUUAUUUAUCCUUGGGGGUGGAGUUCUUUAAAAACGAGCAGUACACAGACUUUAGUGCUAUUUCAAAUGUUCUUGAUGGUAUUUUUGGUCGUCAGAUGGAGCUCAGCGACGACUUGCCUCUAAAAGUUAGACUCUUUCAGUUUCUGUCACUUAUAAGAGAUGCUGAAAAUCUUGAUGGGUCGUUUGAAUGUGAUCAGAAUAAAACUCCUCUGGAAUUAGCCUUACGUUUGCUGGAAACGAUGACCAAGAGAUUUAGUCUUCCACAGUGUGAUUGUGGGAAUGUAUUAACGUCACUUAAAGAGAUGAUUGUGGGAACUUUCAUCAAGAACGACCAAUUUGAAAAAGCAAAAGAAGCACUCAAUCAGUACUUUCCCAGAUCAGUGACUGGCAAGAGGAUUACCUUCAUGAACCUCAUCCAUCAAAAGAAUAAAGCACAUGAGGUUAUUGAGAAAAUUAACUUUCAAAGCUUCAAGGAGGAGAUGCUGGAUUUCUGUCUGAGGCUCUGGUCAUUCACUGAUCCCUUUCUUUACAAGGCUGCAAAGAGUCUUGUUGAUAAAAGACGUUUGGAGCCAGAUGACAUACCUUUUGAGACUGAUGAGCAAAACCAACCCAGCUCUUCCUGCUCUUUACCUAAAAACACAGUUCAUCUUAAAUUUCGUAAACCUGUAGUUAUCCAGAGGGUCAGACUAGAAGUAGCCUACACUACCCUGGCUGAAGGUUCGGGUGGAAAGACGUUUGCUCAGUUGAAACAAGAAGUGGAAAUGGAGGCACAGGAAAAUGAGAUUUGUCUGGAGCACCUACCUGAUCCUACGAGGGACGCAAAUCUGAACGCAGAACAAACCCAGCUAUUUCAGAGGGACUCACACAGCCCCAUAGAAGCUUCCCCAGCAGACCAGCCUCCACAGUCAAACACAGAUCCUCAAACACAGACGGGUUCACUGUCACUUUACACUGUGCCUCGGCUGGUGACUGAACCCGACAGUCAGCCAAGCUCGCUGUGCACAAUGGCUGUGGACGAAUUGGAAACUGAAGUGGAAUUACAUCAGACACCUCAAACUGUUUCCAGUAGAAAUGAUCUCAACAAUAUGCUAUGCCCAGUUACAGACAAAGAAGUGAUCAUACCUAUGCCUGCACGGAGGUACCCCAGAAGGAGCAGAGCUUCAAGUAGCUUGGCAGAGUGCUCUGCGGACCAUGAUGAGGAUUCCCUUGAAUCAGUUGGAAAUAAUAAAAUGAAUGAUGAAGACCCCCAUGACCGACCCAACAAAUCAUUCAGAAAGUCCAGUAGAUUAGUCUUCACAUCAUCUGAAAGUGAGAAUGAGCUGGAGAAGCAGCAGACCCCCUGCAGAACUCCCGAACAGAGGCCACCCGAACCACUUUCGUCAUGUUCUCCGAUCAAGAGAGUCAAUCCAGAUGGCAUUGAAGACUGUCAUAUCUCAGACUCUUCUUUGGACAGCUUGCCCUCUGUGUCCUCUCGUCCCGUUUCUAAACGCAGCUCCACUCCACGCAAGGUCACACGAGCCUUGGACCCCUCACGUUCAAAAUGGAAUGAAAUGGUUAAAAAUGCAAAGGAGUCCAAAGACACAUGGAGUGAAGAGUCUGAUUUCAACUCUUCUAAAAACAACAGGUUAAGCAUCAACUCAUCAAGAACCAGGAAGAGGAUGUGGACUGAGAGCGAGACACAGAAUUUAAAAGAUGGGGUGAAGACCUUUGGGGAGGGAAACUGGAGCAAGAUUCAGUCUUAUUACUCCUUUAAAGAUCGAACAAAUGUGAACCUGAAAGAUCGAUGGAGAACCAUGAAAAAAUUGAACUUGGUCUAA